CCCCGGAAGGCGGCGAGCGCCCGGCGCGGCCCCGCCGCGAUGCUGCAGCUCCGGGACGCGGCCGAGGGGGACGCGGCCGGCGGCCCCGGCAGCCCCGUGGGGCUGGAGGUGCCGGGGGGGGCCGGGCCCCCCGCCCCGCCGCCCCGGCAGAGCCUGCGGCCGCUGAGCCUGCGGACCGCCACCCGCGCCGGCCGCCUCCGCGAGUACUUCGUGUUCCGGCCGGGCACCGUAGAGCAAGCGGUCAGCGAGAUCCGCCUGGCCGCGCUGCCCACGGAGGACGGGGACGUGCGGAGCGUCUGGCUGCUCACCGAGAUUGACCACUGGAACAAUGAGAAGGAGCGUCUCGUUCUUAUCACGGAUGGGUCCCUCCUGAUCUGCAAGUACAACUUCAUCAGCCUGCAGUGCCAGCACGUGACGAGGAUAGUCCUCAGUGCCGUCGACACCAUCUCUGUCGGAGGGUUUGAGUUCCCACCUAAAUCUCUGAACAAGAGAGAAGGUACCGGUAUUCGAAUCCAGUGGGACAAGCAAAGUCGCGCCUCCUUCCUGAACAGAUGGAACCCGUGGUCCACAAACAUCCCAUACGUCACCUUCACCGAACACCCGAUGGCGGAUGCCGACGAGAAGAGCGCAUCCCUUUGCCUACUGGAAAACUUUAAGACUCAGCUAAUUCAAGCCGUGAAGAAAGCCCACAAGGAGUGUCCGUUGCCAGGAAGGGCUAAUGGUGUGCUAGUGCUGGAGCGUCCUCUUCUGAUCGAGACCUACCUGGGACUCAUGUCCUUCAUCAACAACGAGGCCAAACUCGGCUACUCCAUGACAAGAGGCAAAAUUGGGUUAGAGUGCAUUGCAUUUAAUCUUUUCAAGGGAAAGUGCUUCGAUAUUGGUCUCCUGGGGAGAGCACGCCACGUGGCGGAGAACUCGAUAACCAGAGUGAAGAAGUUAGGGGAAGGGAAGGGGCGGUUGUAGAUCUGACAGCUCACGGGAGGCCCUGGUUGUUACGGGAGCGCACAUUAGCCUCAAGCAGACGCGAAGUAGCCUCAGUCUUGCAUUUUGUAUCUAAUUUACAGUCCUUCCUGCUUCUUACACAGGGCUGGUGAGCAGUGCUAUUCUCCAUGUCUAGCUACAUGUUCUUCCCUCUUAAUUAAUUGCGAUUGGUACCUGCUACACACACACCGCCCAAAUAUCCGAGAGCGCGUUCAUGCCGUGUUCCAGUUGCAUCCCUAUAUACGGUGUCGAAUCACGUAGCGUGCUUGGGAUUGACUUGCAUUGUUUAGACGUGUUUGUGUUCACAAUUACAGUAAUCUUGGCAUUUUGAUUAACGCCUGUUAAGAAUUUUGAAAGCUGUGUCAAUCAUUCUUCAGCAAAGAGUCAGCAAUUUGUUAAAGCCGCACCGUUAUGUCUGCUCGGAGCAACGUACCUCAGCUAUGCCUUUGUUCGCUGAAGUAUAUGGCUGAGCGUGCGUUCAUUAGUCUCUUGUAAAAACACCUCCCUCUAAGAGCCAGGUCUAACUUCCUGGUUUCUCAUGCAGGUGGUCUUGCUGCCGCCAUAGAAUAAAGACUCUUUUGAGAGAAUAUUGCCAAAAGCCUCAAACACAUUUGCCUUCAAAACUAUUUAUACAACUGAAAAGGAAUUCUAUUUUGAUUAGAUUUAUAUUCUUAGCGGUUUUUCUUAAAUCUACUCCAGUUUGGCCAGCAGCAGUGCAGGACUUAACGGAGACAGGCAAGACUUUAAGCACUGUACAUCAAUCUCGGUUUAUACAUCCUUGCACUUAACCUCACACAAGUGUCCAGUAAUGAAAUUCAGAAGCAACGUAAGAGACGCUACAACUGAAACUGCUCACAAGGUUGCUCUAACCAGCUUUUCCAUUGUGUCCAACCUUCUACGCACGCCGUUUUAUCAGAGCACUUAUCUGCGCAACUGCAAAGCUGAAUAAAUCCUGUGCUGCAGUGGUGGCUUUUUGAACUUAAAGUAGAUGUGUGCUUAUGAAACAUAUGUAAAGCUGAAGUCACGACCGAAUGCAACAAGUUGUACGCGCCCUUCAAUGCAUUUUCUAAGAUAUCUAUUUCAUUUCCAUUAAUCUUGCAGUAAAGUUAAAUUUCAACUCAA